CGCAAAGGCGCAGCCGGCUCAGAAGCGUCGAGGGAGCUGAGGCGUCGACCUCCGUCCCGGGCCGCUGAAGAAACUCUAAAGAUGGUGCCUGGUGGAAGAAAGCACUCUGGGAAAUCUGGGAAGCCACCACUGGUGGAUCAGGCUAAAACAGCCUUUGACUUUGAGAAAGAAGAUAAAGAACUGAGUGGUUCAGAGGAGGAUGUUGCUGAUGAAAAGACUCCAGUAAUUGAUAAACAUGGAAAGAAAAGAUCUGGGGGACUAGUUGAAGAUGUGGGAGGUGAAGUACAGAAUAUGCUGGAAAAAUUUGGAGCUGACAUUAACAAAGCUCUUCUUGCCAAGAGAAAAAGAAUUGAAAUGUAUACCAAAGCUUCUUUCAAAGCCAGUAACCAGAAAAUUGAGCAAAUUUGGAAAACACAACAAGAAGAAAUACAGAAGCUUAACAGUGAAUAUUCUCAGCAAUUUAUGAGUGUGUUGCAGCAGUGGGAACUGGAUAUGCAGAAAUUUGAGGAACAAGGAGAAAAACUAACUAAUCUUUUUCGACAACAACAGAAGAUUUUUCAGCAGUCUAGAAUUGUUCAGAGCCAGAGACUGAAAGCAAUCAAACAGCUACAUGAGCAGUUCAUAAAGAAUUUGGAGGAUGUGGAGAAAAAUAAUGAUAAUCUAUUUACUGGCACACAAAGUGAACUUAAAAAAGAAAUGGCAAUGUUGCAAAAAAAAGUUAUGAUGGAAACUCAGCAGCAAGAGAUGGCAAAUGUUCGAAAGUCUCUUCAAUCCAUGUUAUUCUGAUGAGUCUUUGAAGAAAGAACUUGAACCUAUGUAAUAUAUGAUACAGUUAAAACAUUAUCUAUGAGGCAUGCCUAUAGAAAGUAUACUUUGAACUAUAACAUUCAUAACCAUAGCUUGUUUAAGUGGAAGACUUCUGUUCCUGUUAACUUUUAAAUAAAACUUAACAGCUGUAUAAGUAGCAGCUAUUUCAGUGUAUCAAGCUUUCAACUCUUAUAAUAGUGAAUUGUUUGCUACUAUUGUGUCAAUAAAAAUGAUUUAAAUUUA